AUGCUGCCAUUAUUAUCAAAGGCAUCAUGCCUUAUUCCUACUCUACUCACCGUGGCGUCGUUCCUGGCGCCCGUAGUUGCGGACCAGCCGAUGCUGAAGUCGACGUCGCUCUACCCAUGUGCGGAUAACUCGGGAUUCAGUGCCAGUCUCUUCACCGUCCAGUUCACGCCGGAGAACAACUCGGUCCUCGUCGAAGCAGCCUUCGUUUCUUCUAUCGAGGGCAAAGUCAUCUUCGACGCACAAGUCUCGGCAUACGGAUACACGUUCCUGUCCCAGAAAUUGGACCCUUGCGAUAAAGACUCACCGCUGAAGGGAUUGUGCCCCAUGACUGCUGGAAAGAUUCCUAUGCCACGCUUCACUCUUGACGUGCCCCCGGCAGCGACAAAGCAGAUCCCCUCAAUCGCCUUUAACUUUCCCGACCUCGAUGCUAAAGUCAAGAUCCUGAUCAGCUAUGCCGAAGGUGCCAACAAGGGCAAGCAGGUGGCUUGUGUGCAGGCCGAAUUCGUGAACGGAAAAACCGUCGAUCUUCUCGGAGUCAAGUGGGCGACCGCCAUCGUUGCCGGUCUUGCUUUGCUAGCCUCGGCCGUUAUUAACGGUCUGGGUCAUUCGAAUGCAGCAUCGCACGUCGCCGCAAAUGCUCUAUCGCUCUUCGGGUACUUCCAAGCCCAGGCCAUGGUUGGCAUGACGGGUGUGCCUCUGCCACCUAUCGUUCGCGCCUGGACCCAGAAUUUCCAAUGGACCAUGGGCAUCAUCCGCGUUGGUUUCAUGCAAGAUAUCGCGACCUGGUACCAGCGCGCAACGGGAGGCACGCCGGCGACGCUUUUCGACGAGGUGCAGGUCGUCUCCGUCCAGAUCAUGAAGCGCUCGCUCCACGCCGUUCCCCAAAUUGCUGACAGGGCCCACGGCCUCUACACCCGCUCCAUGGCCAUGAUGCCGCGCGCCGUUACAACCACGGCCGGUCAGAUCUCCGAGACGGCUGCGCACCUGAUGAAGCGUGCCAACAUCAAGACUGAGACGGGCAGCUUCCUUGUCUUUGGUAUUCAGCGCGCCGCCUUCAAAGCCGGAAUCGAGACUACCAACUUGUUUUUGACCGGACUGAUGUUCUUCUGCGUCUUUGUCAUCAUUGUCGCUAUCGGCGUCGUCAUUUUCAAGGGCUUUUGCGAGCUUGCAGCCAGGCGUAACUGGACCAAGCCUGACACCUUCCUCGAGUUCCGUCAGACCUGGCUUACUGUCCUCAAGGGUAUCCUCUUCCGCGUUACCCUCAUCGGUCUUCCUCAAAUGACCAUCCUGUGUCUGUGGGAAUUCACUCAGGUCGACUCGCCUGCUCUCGUGGUCCUGGCCGUCUUUUUCCUCAUUGGUAUGAUCGCCACUCUCGGAUGGGCCGCCUUCAAGGUCAUUCGUAUCGCUCGUCGUUCGGUUGCCAUGCACCGCAACCCGGCGUACAUACUCUUUUCCGACCCCCAGGCGCUCAACAAGUGGGGUUUCCUCUACGUUCAGUUCCGCGCAUCGGCCUACUACUUUAUCGUUCCCUUCCUGGUCUACAUCAUCAUCAAGUCCAUGUUCGUGGCGUUUGCACAGAACAAUGGAACUGCUCAGGCCAUUGGGUUCAUUCUGAUCGAGGCUGCCGCGCUUAUCACGGCUUCCGUGCUUAGGCCCUGGAUGGACAAGAGCACCAACUCGUUCAACAUUUCCAUUUGUGUCAUGAACUUCCUCAACUCCAUCUUCCUCUUGAUCUUUACCGAGGUCUUUAGCCAACCUCCUCUGGUCACGGGUGUCGUGGGUAUGAUCCUUUGGAUCUCGAACGCGGCCUUUGCACUUGUCCUGUUGCUCAUGCUUAUUGUUACCACCACCAUUGUACUAUUCCGCAAGAACCCGGACAACCGCUACCAGGUCAUGGCCGACGACCGUACCUCGUUCAUGAAGUCGCAGACUCAGUUGACUGCAACCACGGAGCUGGAUGCCCUAGCUGCCACUGCUCGUGGUGACAAGGCCGGCUACAAGAACGACCUUGAUGACGAUGCCGACUCGAUCUCCUCAGCCUCUAUCCGCCGGCGUCAGGAUCCUGCCAACAUGCCGCUGCCUCCGUCGACUGCCAACUCGUACAAGGAGGCGUCUCCCAAGUCACCGGUGGAUCCUUCGGUACCUCUGUUCCCCGCAGAUGGUCGUCGCGGCCAGUAUGGCCCCGGUGGCGUGCCAAACCGUACGCCGAGCCCCUACAACCCCAGCUCGUCAACAUCAAAUCUGUCAGCACACGGGGGUUACAGGCAGCAACACAAUGCCAGUCCAGGAGGAUACAGGCCGAACACUGCCCCUAGCCCAUGGCAACGAGGUGCCGGUUACGACUAG